UUCGAAUCACCAUCUUUACUCAGUACAGAAAGCAGAGCCGCUUUUAAUGACGUAACCAGGAACAGCGCCGAGUCGCCAGCGGCCAGACGAGCUUUAACGAGCUCAAGCAGAACCUCAGGUUGUAAGGGUGUGCCAGGGAUUUACCAGCCGAAACCCCCCCAUCCAGUGCAUCAACCGAUCACAGAACCGGCCUAUCAACUGUGUGGAUCCGGGCCCCCAUUACCUGACUGCGACAGAGAUUGAUGCGAGCGUGUCAGUCGAGAGCCAGCCCUACGAGCAUUCUCACGACGGAGGUCUGCAACGGAAGAGAUGAUCUGAAUGCUAAGAGAGCAUAAUGGAUGGUUCUGUCACGCUGGCGGACGAGAAUCUGGAUCCGCCCCCGAGACUCUUCGAAAGACUGCGACAAAUCGCUGGAUAUACGUGGGAUGAAUCACAGGACCCGUACCAUUCAAGCUACAGUAACUGGCAAGUCUACGGGCACAAGAACACUGCUGCCAAACACUCGAGCAGCGGCAGCAACAGCGGAGCCGUCCAUUCGAAAUACCCUUUCGAACGCCGCAACUCAUCCCACCAGGAAGGAAGCAUAAAAAAUGAAGAGACAUCUUUUGUUGCAAUCUCCCAGGCUUUAAGUGCAGCAGAUUCCCCCCCUUCUAAAAGCCUUCGAACCUCAAUGAGAUCAUACCGCAGGCCACUAGCGGAGUGGUAUCUGUCAUUAAUCGUUUUAGCGGUCAUCUUUUGGAUGAUCCUGCUAAUAACAAUUGGGACAUCUAUUCUGAUUGUAGACACCGAUGGAAGCCGCCGACCUAAGACUCCCUGAAUAAUGUCCAUCGGCGUCUCCCCGUCAAAGGCAGCUUGUUGCGUGAGCAUGGUCCAGAAAAGAAUCCCAAGGGAGUAUAUAUCGGUGCGGCUAUCUGGCU